UAUUACCAUCGCGUCGAAAUAACAGCUGAUGAUCCUACUAUCCUAACCACUAGGCACUAACCGGUAUAAUAUUCUAUAGGUAGAUCCUAGUAGGUAUGCGUGCAGUGUCGAGGAGUAUCGAUACGUCAGCCGUCUUCGCGUUAUAAUAAGAAUAAUAACGAUAACGAUGACGAUAACGUGAGAGGGGCAACUAUAGCGUUUUUACACACGCAGCUCGGGUUUUUGCUUUUUUUUUUUAUUUUUUUAUUUCUCAUCGGUGUCUCUCAACGCGACAGACGACAGUUCCACCACCACCUCACGGCCUUGCCGAAACAUGUGCAGCGGUGAACCUCGUCAACAGGUACAAUAAAUAAUAAUAAUAUGUCGUGUGUGUUGUUAUGAAAUAUUAUUAUAAUAAUAUAAUACAUGACGCAACAUAAUAAUUAAUAAUAUUAUAGCGUCCGAGACGUCUCAAGAAACGACGACGUGCCGUAGCGUCGCAGACGGGGCAGUGUGGCCGUGGCGGCGACGGCAGCGGUCCGUAGUCCGUACGCGCUACGCGUCAACGGCCGCAGACCGACCCACCCCCACCACCACAAACAUCAACAUAACGUAGCCCGGGCAACGCGUGGCCACGUCAGCCGCCGCCGCCGCCGGAUCAGCUCGUGUAACUCCGUCGUCACCGACUCGGUUCUACCUUCUGCGCCGCAGCGACCGUGUCACCGCCGCCGACACCGUCGAGCCCGACCGUACCACUGUGUGCGUGCCCGUCGAUCCGUUCACGUUACCGUGUCCGACUGUGAGUGUUAGUGUGUGUGCGAGCGUGCGCGCGCGCGCCGUAGAUCGAUAAAACGCACCGUCUGCCCUGCUGCGCUUCUGUUGCUACACGCCGGCUGCUUAUCACCGUCCGCGAUCGACGUUAUCACGCUGCCGGUCCAAUACGCCAAGUUCCGAUAACACCCACGUCCACGUUUAACAGAUUUUCAUAAGCUGCAAGAGAUACUAUGGCAGUCACAAAAAUAUGCUGUAUAGGCGCUGGAUAUGUAGGUGGGCCCACAUGCAGUGUAAUAGCAAUGCAGUGUCCUCACAUAAAAGUCACGGUUGUAGACAUAAGUGCUCAUCGUAUUUCUCAGUGGAACUCAGAAAAAUUGCCCAUCUACGAACCCGGACUCGAUGACAUUGUAAAAAAACGGAGAAAUGUUAACUUGUUCUUUUCUACAAACAUCGAAGAAGCUAUCCAAGAAGCAGAUUUAAUUUUCAUUUCUGUUAAUACCCCUACAAAGACAUUUGGAGUAGGCAAAGGACGUGCCGCCGACUUAAUGUACGUUGAAAACUGCGCUAGGACUAUUGCCCAAGUUUCAACAAGUGAUAAAAUUGUAGUGGAAAAAAGUACAGUACCGGUACGUGCAGCGGAGAGCAUUUUAAAAAUUUUAAGCGCUAAUCACAAGCCGAAUGUUAAAUUUCAAGUAUUAUCUAACCCCGAGUUCUUGUCUGAAGGCGUGGCCGUUGAAAACCUACUAAAUGCAGAUCGAGUUCUUAUAGGGCACGAAGAGACCGCCGAUGGUUUAUGGGCUUUUAAGGAGCUCAGCAAAGUAUAUUUGAAUUGGAUACCCGAAGCAAAAAUCCUCAGGACCAACACUUGGUCUUCGGAACUAACCAAAUUGGCGGCUAAUGCAUUUCUAGCUCAGCGGAUUUCCAGCAUCAACUCAAUGUCUGUAAUAUGUGAAGUGACUGGUGCAGACGUCAGUGAGGUGGCUAAGGGCAUAGGUCUCGAUUCCAGAAUUGGGCCCAAAUUUUUACAAGCGUCAGUUGGUUUCGGAGGCAGUUGUUUUCAAAAAGACCUACUAAAUUUAGUUUACAUAUGUGAAUGUUUAAAUAUUCCGCAAGUAGCUGUUUAUUGGCAACAAGUACUGGACAUGAAUGUUUAUCAAAAAUCUAGAUUUUCAAAUAAAAUUAUAGAAUCAUUGUUUAAUACAGUCACUGGUAAAAAAAUAACUAUGUUUGGGUUUGCAUUUAAAAAAGACACAGGUGAUACUCGUGAGUCGCCUGCAAUACACGUUGCUAAGACGUUACUCGAUGAAGGAGCAAAACUCAAUAUUUAUGACCCGAAGGUGGAACCAGAGCAAAUAAAAAAAGAUCUCACGCAUCCUUACGUUACUGAUAACCCAGAAAACGUAAUUAAGUCUAUUGAAAUUCACAAUAAUCCAUACACAGCUGCAGACUCGACACACGCUAUUGUAAUAUGCACCGAAUGGGACGAAUUUGUGAACUUGGAUUAUGAAAAAAUUUAUGAACGUAUGAUAAAACCAGCAUUUAUUUUUGAUGGUCGCAAGAUUCUGAACCAUGAAAUCUUGGCCACAAUUGGUUUUCAAGUUCAUACAAUUGGAAAACGUUGAAUUUUAAAAAAGUAUGGCGUGUAUUGUCUUCCAUUUAACCAUAUCAAUUGAGUAUUCUUGCCACUACCAGAAAAUAUCAGUAAUUACCUAUAUUAAAUAUUUAUAUUUUUUUACAUUUAUAUUUCAUAGUUUAUACAUAACCUUACACAAAUUUUUGAUACAUUUAUACAUGUCAUGGCCUCAUACUUAAAAUAAGAAAUUAAUUACUAUAAGUAGAAAGGAUUUAUAAAUUGUAAUAUUAUAACUAUGUAAAAUUGGUACAUAUCUUACAUUUUUAUAAUUAUUGAUAAGCUAAUACUUUUAUUAAUUGCUAUUUAAAAAAAAAAAAUAUUAAAUAUAAUUAAAGCUAAAAUGUAUAAAAUGUAAAAAAAAAAACAAAAAGUUAUUAUUAAUAUUUCAUACAGUGUGUAGAUACUUAUAAAAUUACACUUUCUAACUAACAUUUAUACCUACAAAAUAUUUAAUUUAUGUUUAUGUUAUUAUUACAGUUAUAAUGUAUGACACUACAUGUAUUUUUAUGUCAUUUUUAUGUAUUAUCUUUUUUAAGCCUAUUAUUGUGUACCUAUUAUAAUUUACUUUAAAUGUUGUAAGAAAAUUACCUAUUACUUAAUGCGAAUACAAAUUAAUACAUUUUUUUUUUAGUUCAUGAAAGUAUGUCUAUUUUAUAUUAUUUGCACAAGUUAUUAUAUAAAAAGUACCUAUUAUUAUUGUUAUUUUUAAUUCUAAAGCUGCGUUUACAUGGGGCGUGAAUUUGAGAGUGAACCACGCCACGCCACCUUCGUUCGUAUCUCACAACUGAAAAUCAAACAUUGUUUGAUUCUAUCACGUUUGGGUCGUGACGCCGAAAGCGUGGUUCACUCUCGUGAUUCAUGUCUCGUGUAAACCUAGCUUAACUUGUCUAUACUAUUUCGCUUCAACCCAUAAUAAAGAUAAGUAGUAAGUACCUAGAUUUUAGUUAUCUAACUUAUAGAAAGUAAUAACAUAUAAUAUGUAUGUGUGAAUUUAUUUUUGUCCAAGACCUUAAGACGUAUGGGGAAUUUUUUGUAACAACUGUAACAAACUUACAUAUUAUAAAACCGUUUACCUAUUAAGUCUCUACUGGAAACAUACCAGAUCCCGGUUACCAUAAUUAUUAUGAUAUUGAAAGUUAUACACUUAUAUUUAUUGCUACACCUAAAUUUGUCUGUUUGUAUGUAACAUGCAUUCAACAUUUUCAAAUACUUAGGUUUUUUAAAGUACAGUUUUCUGUUGUGCACCAAUAAAAA